CUCGACAAGCGCCUCCCCUCCUCCUCCUCCUCCAGCAGCAACAGCACCACCUCGCCCCCAACCGUCGUCCCGCAACCCGAGCUCGACGCCCUCGAGGGGCGCCUCGCGCAGCUCCAGCAGCGCAAGGACCGCCUCGGGCGCGAGGUCGCCCUGCUCGAUGAGCGCGCAGAGACGGCGAGCCUGGGGAGGCGGGCGAGGGGGGUCGCGUGA